UGCGUCGGCUUCAUCUUGUAACAACGUUGCAGGUUUUUAUUCUUUCAGCCCAACUCUUCAGAAAAAAUUACGUAUUUUGUUAUAUUUGGUAGAGAACGGAAUGGAUUCCAACAAGGCGGUGAGUUUUCAAUCCAAACUCGGGUAACCUAUAAGUACUAGAAAAUUCGGAUUCUGCAAAAUCCUCGUUCUGGCAACACAGAACAGCAAAUCAACAAUGGAGAAUUCAACAGAAUUGGGAACCCUAAAAUCCCCCCAAAACAUUCUAUUCGCCCCGCCGGCCCGCCGACGGCCCCUGCGGAGCCGAACUUAUUGUUCGCUCAUUCAAAUCCUGUCCCACUGCCACAACGACUUACAACACUCGCAGAGCCCACAACCAGUUCCUCAAGCUCAAACAGUAGGUUAUAAUGGUGCUGUUGAAUGUGGGCAAGUGACUGAACAUAAUGAAUUAACAAAGCACGAGGAAAUGAAGUGGGAGAAUUUGUUAGUUCAACAAGAACCGGUGGCUGAUAAGAGUAAAGAAAGUAUUGACGCACAAGGUGGAGGUUUAAGUGGUAAACAGAAGGAUGUACCCGAUAUGGUUCACACAAAUGUAGCAGCUGAAUUCAAUGGGCAAGUUGUUCAAGCAAAUAGUAUUGUCCGUAAAGAUUCUGUCAUAGACGAAGCACAGACUAGUGAUUGCUCCAUCAAGAGUGUUAACGAACUAGAGAAUGUUAAUUGUAUUCCAGAACAAGUGGCCCUAGCAAAUAGUAAUAUCCAUAGAGAUUUGGUCUUAGAUGAAGCUCAGACUAGUAAUUGUGCCAUCAAGAGUGUUGAUGAACUAGAGAAUGGUAAUAGAGUUUCAGAGCAACUACAAGUUGUUCUAGCAAAUAAUACUAUCCAUGGAGCUUCCGUCAUAAAUAAACCACAGACUAGUGAUUGCAUCAUCAGGAAUGUGGAUGAACUAGAGAAUGUUAAUUGCGUUCCAGAAUUUCAAAUGGAGGAUAUUGGUCCUUCUAGAGAACCAGAAUCAAAUAAGGGAGUCUGCACUGUGGAGGUAUUUGAAGCUAUUAACUCUUGUUUAGGCAUAGAUACGUCUUCUGAAUCAUCAAAACUUGGUGAGAACUGUGAAGGAAAGGGGUCUAGUUUAGAUAGGAGUACGUCAAAAGAAGUUGAGGAUCAGUUGCGGCUGAAGGAGAUUGAAUUUGAGAAACUUAUAUCUAAUUCAGGUUCAAUAGAUUUUUCUAAUUGUGUAACUGCAAAUGAAGAGAUUGAAGAAGGGGAGAUAUCAGGAGAACCUGGGGUAUACAAUGAUUUAAUGGAUGAAUUAUUUGAAGAUUCAAUGCUGUUGGAAGAGAGGACAACGGAAGAGGGGCAGAUUUCUGGUGUUGAUAAAGAAGUGUUCACUUGGGAUGAUGAAGAUAGAGGUUUUAUCAGCAGUGCUUUAGACAGAAUGGAUGAUGAUAAUGAUCCCAUGGAGGUAGAUAUUGUCAGAAAAAAGCAGGAUAGUCUAUAUCAAACUAUUGUUCACAAUAGUGCUAUGGACACUCAAAACAUUGAUCCUACAGGAGCCUCUUUAGAAAAUCUAUCUGCUCAUGGCGAAAUCUUUCAAGAAAAUAAUCUUGAAAAACAGGUUUCUGUCCCCGGUGAACAGGUUGCCAGUGGUGAUAAAAAGAAAAAGAAGAAGGGUCCUUUGACCAAGGAAAGAAGAGCGAAGAAAAAGAAAAAAGAUAGGAUCAAGCGAGCCGAAAAGAAUAGAAAGCUUGGGGUUAAAAGAUUAAAGCUGCAACCAGUUCUGAAACCAAAAACAAUUACUUAUUGCCGCCACUAUCUAAAGGGGAGAUGCCUGGAGGGUGAGAAGUGCAAUUUUUCGCAUGAUACAAUACCCUUGACAAAAUCAAAGCCAUGUUGUCAUUUUGCUCGUCACUCUUGCAUGAAAGGAGAUGACUGCCCAUUUGAUCAUCAACUCUCCAAGUACCCGUGCAACAAUUAUACAUCACAAGGCUUUUGCAGUAGGGGUUCUGACUGUUUGUUUUCACACAAGCUGCUAGCUGAUAGUUCCUCUCCAGCAUCAAAUGUCUCGAAGUCUGAGCUGAAGUCUGAACAGCAAAUGAUGCUGGCUACAAAAGGUUCCUUUACAACAUCCAAUUUGACCAAACUUGAAGCGAAGGCUCCUUCCUUGCUGACUAAUUCAAAACCUGAUAAGCAUUUGAAUAUUCAUGCCUCCUCUCCUCAAAAUGCUGAUGCUGAAUUCUCCUCCGCCAUUGAUUCCCCCGGUAAGAGUGUGGAACAGCAUGUUUCAAAUCCUGCACAAGGAGCUGCUGCACAGGCACCAAAAGGAGUUAAUUUCCUUUUUCAUGCGAAGUCGUUGCUAGGUGACUCCAGUAAGCAUAAACAAGCUGGCUUGUCUCUGAAAGCGGAUGUUGGUAAUAAUGUUGUCAGUGAUACGAUGUUUGAAGUGUCAGGCAACAUCCAGAAGCCGAAGGAAAUAUCUAAGAUAGCGCCUCCAAGGAAACCAGCGGGAAUAAAUUUUUUAUCCUUCGGCAAAGUCCCGUCAGAUGAUUCUAAUGGUAAAAAAUUCUCGAGGUUGUUUUCAUCUGAGAAUAAUGAAAUUGAGAUGUCGUCAUUAGAUGACUCAACUAAAGCAAAGCAAGCUUGCUUUUCUCAGAAGAGCUGUGACGAUGUUAAAGUUGACAGUCAAACCAGUGAAAGUACGGUAGAUUUGGUACAGAACAUGAAGGAAAAUGCACAGAGAACUUCUACGGUGGCUUCACCUUGGGGCACUAACUUUCUUUCAUUUGACAAAGGUCCAUUAAAUGAUUCUAGUGUUAAGAAUCAAGCUGGUUUGCGUCCUAGUGAUGGUAACAUUUUGUUACCAUUUGUUCAACCAAAAGAAGUUACCCCGGAUAGACUUCAAAUCCCCACUAAAAUGCCUUCCAAUCCCUUUGGCCUAUCCAUAGAUCCGUCAGCAGCUGGAUGUAGCCAAAGUAUUUCAAGUUCUUCGAAGACAUCAUUUUUGUCAAACACACCAAGCUCUGUACAGAAGGCGGUCCAGUCGACAUUAGCAUUCGCAGCGAAGUUCAAGCCUGAAAUUAAAUUGAGUCGCUCCAUUGGUUCUCUUGAUGUCCGUGGUAACAUCAAUAGGGAAGCUGGAAAUUCAUGAAUGAAGUCAGCGAAGACCUCAAAUGUUUUGGCUUUUUAUAUGGUGACAGUACAUGAAGAAAUAGUUGGCAGAGAACAUUAUAGAUCAUCAUUCACAUCUUCAAACACAGAAUUGUGGGGCCCUGGUGAUAGGGCGAACCAUGCUUGAGACACUAUUGGUCAGUUCGUGUAAUGGAAUAUACAUUUUAUGUAUUAUUGUUCCAUAUGCAGGGUUUGACUACUGAGAAAGGUCUCGACUUGAAGAUAUUUUGAGCAGUGAGAUCGGCUGGGACAGAGUUGAAAAACAGAGGUUAGUGCCUGGAAGAAGAUAAAUGGGAUUAUAGAAAAGGGCAAAUGAAGGCAUAUACUGCUUACAGAAACUACAGCUAGCACCAAGAUUUUCCAGAUUUAUGGGAGGAAGAGGAAAAUGUAAUAUUCCUUCACUGAAUAUCAUUGGUAAGCUUACAAAUUUACAUAAUAAUCCCAUCAAUUUUAUUUUACUUGUCAACCAAAUGUGUAUAGACAUCACAUCAAAACCUCUUGGCAGAAGGAAAAAGGCUUUAGUAACUUGUACAGUGUUUGGUGUAUAUUGUUUAUUUUUUGGUACUUGUCAUUUCUUGUAUUGACUUCUUGUGGUAACAUAUGGGAAGUUGUUCGAGAUCGUCCGGUUAUAAGUAAAAAAAUCGAAAAUAUUCACCCCCAAA